AUGGCACAGGAUAUCCCCGCCACAGACCCCGCUAUCUACGCCCAAUACGAGGCCAAGUGGUCUGCGCUCCCAGACAGCGCCGAUGCAUGGCUGGCCCGAGCUCGUGAAGUCGCAGAGGUCCUGGCCCAGGAUGCUGCACAACGGGACCAAGAGAAUAAAUCACCGCGCGCUGAGAUUGUGCUCCUCAAGCACUCGGGUCUAUUGAAGCUCCUGGGUCCUGAAGAAGUAUGGCGUUCUAUUGGUAUGCUGCUGGGGUAUCAUCUUCUAUGGUCCACAACCGCGAAUGUCGUCGGCAGCGAAGAGCAAAUCGAGCGCACCCAUGAGUUGAUCAUCUCGAAUAACUACUUCGUUGGUGGUGCGGUGAAUCCCCGUGAUAGUGAUUUGAAGAUUACCUCUGAUGGCGAUGAUAUCGUCUUCAAUGGGGCGAAGUUUUUCAAUACUGGUGGUGUGGUCUCGGAUCUUACGGUGCUGGAGGGCGUUCUUGAAGGCACCGAUGGCCAUAUCUUUGCCUUGGUCCAGACGAGACAGCCUGGUAUUCAUUUUGCGCAUAAUUGGCACAAUAUUGGUCUGCGCUUGACCGAGUCUGGCGGCGUUAAGAUUGAUAAUGUUCGUGUGCCUUGGAAAGAUGCACUUGGCUGGGAUGACGCCUCGAGGAAACCACGCGAAGAUGUUCUGUUGAUUCAGUUCCCGACAUUACUUCUGCCGACUAUCCAACUAGUCUUCAGUAACUUCUACCUCGGAAUCGCCCUCGGAUCUCUAGAGUUUGCCUCGAAAUAUACUACAGCUACGACCCGACCCUGGCCCUUCGGAGUAGACGUGAAGGAAUCCGCAACAGAAGAAUUCUACAUCCUCGAGCGCUACGGAAACUUCUUCGCGCAUCUUCGGGCUACUGAGGCACUGGCCGAUCGGGCUGCCGAUCAGCUCACGGCAGUAUACACCAAGUAUUCGGGUAACCGACCUUCGUUAACAGCCGAGGAACGUGGCGAGGUGGCCGAAUGGGUGGCCAGUGUCAAGGUGGUUACCACCGACGUCGGGCUCCGAGUUACAUCCGGCGUGUUCGAGGUGACGGGGGCUCGAGCGACCUCAUUGAAGGUCGGACUGGAUCGGUUCUGGAGGGAUAUUCGGACACAUACACUUCAUGAUCCGGUGGCGUAUAAGAAUCGUGAGUUGGGGCGGUAUGUGCUUCAUCGUGAGUACCCCGCGCCAACGUGGUACACUUGA